CAAACUCGAAUAGCACGUGGAUUAUAAAAAGGAAAGAAAAAAUGUUAAAAGGACGAACGUUCAAACAAACAAACCCAAAUGCAUAGAAAACGGAAAUAAUAUAAAACAAGAACCAUAGGUACAACUACUGCCACGUGCAUUGUCCUUCAAUGGCGAUCAGAUUUUGGUAGAUCACCCUUUCACCCUACCCUCCUUCGGUCCUUCCUCAUAAGCAGCAGCUGCCGCUGCUCAUCUACCCCAACUACACGCCUUUAAUUUCAUCAAAUCACAUUUGCAGGACUUACUUAAUUCAUGAUCUAUACUGUGGGACCUCAUUGAGUCAUUAGUUUCCUUACCCAUAAAUCCUUCCAACCAUCCGCACAUUUCUUCGAAUCUCAUUUUCCCAGAUCUCAGAAUCUCGUACUUCGCAUUGUUUUCUCCGCUUCCCCAUAAAAUUGCGUCACUCCAAGUAGCUUGCAGCUUCUAGUUCCUAAUCUUAUCACCGGAAAGAUGAAGGUGCUCGUCACCACUCGGAGCGGAAGAGAAUUAAUCGAUGGUGGCCUCGUCCUUGAUAGCUCUGCUACCGUGGCUGAUUUGCAGGAGGCAAUUCAUAAGCGAAUCAAGAAAUACUACCCUUCAAGACAACGCCUGACCCUACCCCUCCAGCCAGGGUCCAAAGAAAAGCCGGUUGUCCUCCAAUACAAAAAAAGUCUCAAAGAGUACACCACUGGAAACCCCAAUUCAGACACCAUAACUGUAGUCUUCAAGGACUUGGGCCCACAAGUCUCAUACAGAACUCUCUUCUUCUUCGAGUAUCUGGGCCCACUCAUCCUCUACCCCCUCUUCUACUACCUCCCAGUAUACCAAUACUUCGGGUACAAACUCGAAAAACGUGUGAUCCACCCUGUUCAAACAAUAGCAAUGUACUAUUGGUGCUUCCAUUAUUUCAAACGCAUCAUGGAGACCUUCUUUAUACAUCGAUUCAGUCAUGCGACUUCACCUCUUUCAAAUGUGUUCAGAAACUGUGCUUAUUACUGGUCUUUCGGGUGUUACAUUGCUUAUUAUGUUAAUCACCCGCUUUACACACCUGUCAAUGAUCUUCAAGUGAAGAUUGGGUUAGGGUUUGGGUUGAUUAUGCAAAUUUCAAAUUUGUAUUGCCAUGUCAUCUUGAGGAAUCUUCGUAGCCCGAGUGGGAAUGGAGGGUAUCAGAUCCCACGUGGCUUUCUGUUUAAUAUUGUCACAUGUGCCAAUUACACAACCGAGAUUUAUCAGUGGUUAGGGUUUAAUGUUGCUACACAGACUGUUGCGGGUUAUGUGUUUUUGAUUGUUGCUGCUUCCAUUAUGACUAAUUGGGCCUUGGCUAAACAUCGUCGUCUCAGAAGGUUAUUUGAUGGGAAGGAAGGACGACCUAAGUAUCCUCGCAGAUGGGUGAUAUUGCCUCCAUUCCUGUGAGCGAAACUACAGGUGGCAUGUGAAUGUGACGUGUCUCAUUUUCAUUGGCUCUGGAGUAUCAGAUGGAUUUGGUGAUGUUACUUAUGAGUUCGUUUUAGUCCUAAAAGUUUUACAUGUGUACUUGCCACAACUCUUAUCAGAUGGCUUAUUUGUGUUGCUAGUUUUGAGUUUUUCUUUUUGUUAAAUCUCUGGAUCUUUCCCAAAUUUAUGAAAUCUUGAUUUGGGUUUAUUUUUUUAAUCUGUUGGCUAAAUACAGAUAUGGUUAUUGAUGCUUUAAUAGUUGUUGGACAAUAGUAGGAUACAAGGACCACUCACAUUGCAAAAGGAAACAACAAAAUAGACCACUAUUAUUUUAUUUUAUUUUUGAAAUCCAACACGCAAGUUAUGUAUAAAAUGGUUUUGAUGAAUAGCAUGUUAAACGAUGACGUGUUUAGUUUUGUUUCGAUUGAUUGUAAGUUUUGUACUUUUGUUGCAAUGAAUGUAAGGGUAAGUGAGAUACGUUAUCCAUACUAUAAAAAGG